UUCGUGCCCCGUGGGGGAACCAGAUGAAGCACAUCUGGACAGCUGUGCUGAGGAACUGUGCAGCGCCUUCGCGGGCUGACUUCAGCAGAGCACGUCCCCCACGUCCUCGCCUUCUAGCGACUUAUUAUUUAUUCAUUUUCCCAAAGAAUCAACCAAGGAUCCAAGUUUAAAACUUUCCCCCCUCCUAAUGCGAGACGGGGCCAGAUCCUAUCUAACACACAGUUUAAUUUUCAUGGGGCUCUGGGAUCAAAAGAACAGAAACAGCAACAACAAAAGCCCAGCCGCUGUCUGAUUUAAAAUUGGCAAAGUGGGAAAAAUAAAGUGUUGAGUAAACAGACCGAGUUGGACAUGGGGAGUUUCAAAGGUCAUGCCCUCCCUGGAACUUUCUUCUUUAUAUUUGGUAUUUGGUCUACUAUAAAGAGCCUUCUGAAGUAUGCCUGCAAAAAGCACAAGCGGACUUCCUACUUGGUUUCCAAAACAUUAUUCCGUUGGAUAGAAAUUUCAGAGGGAAUCACAGUAGUCUGCAUGGCUCUAACUGGUAUGCUUGGGGAACAGUUUAUUGUUGGAGGGCCUCACUUGUCUUUAUAUGACUACAAAGAGGGCCAAUGGAUUCAACUCCUGAGCUGGCAUCAUUGCACCAUGUAUUUCUUCUUUGGAUUGAUGGGUGUGACAAACAUCUUAUGUUUCACCAUCAGUUCACUUCCUACCUCAUUAACUAAGUUAAUGAUGACAAAUGCCUUAUUUGUGGAGGCUUUUAUUUUCUACAACCAUACUCAUGGCCGGGAAAUGCUGGACAUCUUUGUGCAUCAGUUGCUGGUCUUGGUCAUCUUUUUGACGGGUGUUGUUGCCUUCAUGGAGCUCUUCACACGGAGUAUAACUGUGGAGCUUCUGCGGACAAGCCUCAUCCUGCUUCAGGCAAGCUGGUUCUGGCAGAUUGGUUUUGUCCUUUAUCCCCCCAGUGGAGGUCCUGCAUGGGAUCCAAUGGAUCAUAACAACAUUAUGUUUCUCAGCAUAUGUAUUUGUUGGCAUUACGCAGUAACCUUUGUUAUUAUUGGAGUGAUUUAUGCCUUUGUUACCUGGCUGACAUCUGGGCCUCAUCUCCUUAGAGGCUGGGCAGCCUCCAAGACCAAUGCCAGCAUUCAGGGAUCCUCUCUACCGCAUGUCAGCUCCCUUCCAGAGUCAACAGAAGACUAUUGUCUUUUCCUGUUUCAAAAAACUUCAGACUCCUAAUGAAUCUCUUAUCUGCUAACAGUUCUCUAGAAACCAGAAACUCUGUUUAUUUUUUCAAUCUCUGCCCUGCCCCUUUGAUGUUUUGACCGUGUAGUUCCCUCUACCUGGCAUAUCCAAAUUACACGCCCAUCUCUUCUAUGAAAAUGUUGGUGAUUAUUUUAGCCCUGGCUCAUCUCCCUUCAUGAGUUUUUAUAGCACUUUUGUCUACCACACCUUUUAACAAUUGUGAGCUAUCUCGUGAUGUUUGCUAUUAGUCCAUGUUAAUGUUAUCUGUUAGCUAGAUUGUGUUGCCUUGAAGAAAAGACACCUUUUCAUAUUUCUCACAGCUCUUGGCGUACUGCCAAGUAGUAAGUACUCAAUAAACACUUAGUCGCUGUUUUAAUAGA